AUGCUUAUAGUGCAAGAAUGGAAGGUCCUGUUACAUCAAACAACUCAAUGCAGCAGAUGGUCAAGGAAAAUUGCAGUUUGGGUUAAAUAUUUCCUAGCUUCAUCUACAGCAAGAAAGCAGAGCACUGUAACACCUCCUUCAGAAGGUACACAAUCUGUACCAGUGGAUACAAAGGCUGAGCUCUCUUGCCCUCCUGUGCUGUGUACAGCUGUGAUGUUAGCAACGUGGGAAGUAGUCCUCAGAGACAAGCCCCCCUGCAACAGAGUCUACAGGGGUGAUACAAAUGAGACAAAGGGAAACUGCACCGAUGAGAGAAUAAAAACCUGGGGCUCCAGACCUGACGAGAUUCCUGCCCUUCAGAUUGACCCAGUGGCCAUCACUCACGAUGGGUAUUACAAGUGUGAAAUGGUAACACCUAAUGGGAAUUUCUAUCAUGGAUAUCACCUCCAAGUCUUAGUGCCCCCUGAGGUGACCCUGGUUAAAAGCAAGGCUGGAACUGCAGUGUGCAAGGCAGCUGCAGGGAAGCCAGCUGCACAGAUCUCCUGGACCCCAGAGAGGACUUGUGCCACUGAUGAAGAACUCUGGGGCAAUGGCACAGUGACUGUCCAGAGUACCUGCGACUGGGAGGGCCACCAUGUACAGAAUGUGUCCUGCUCUGUCUCCCACUUGACUGGCAACAAGAGUCUGACCAUACAGUUGAAUCAAGGUACCAAAAUAGAACACCUAAGAAUUUUAUAUAUCACCUCCCCUGUGUUUAUUGUCUUGGUCAUCGUGGGAUCCAUUUGGCUUUUGAAAAUCCGUGGCUGCAGAAAAUGUAAAUUCAAAAAAACAGAACCUACUCCAGUUGUUGAAGAGGAUGAAAUGCAGCCCUAUGCCAGCUACACAGAGAAGAACAAUCCCCUGUAUGAUACUACAAACAGGGUGAAGACAUCUCAGGUGUCACAAAGUUAAGUUGAUGGGAUGAGUCUCCAUAUUUUAUAUGCUCCGGGAAUCCAGCACCAGGACAAAUGAAUCAAGAUGCAGUACAGAUACUGUUGAUUUUCUUAGAGUUCUGGAAUGGAAGGCCUAUUUCGGAAUUGGCUUUUCAAAGAUUCUUAGAAGACAGAGACAUUCUAGAGGAUUUGCAUUUGUAUCCUUAUACAAUUGAAAUUUUAGAAUUUUAGCUGUCACAAGCUUGUUCUCUGAAGAACUGAUAAUAUUACAAAGAAAGCAUCUGCUCAUGAUAAAAUAUACAAAUUGUUCAGUACAGUAGAUGAGGAAAACUGAGUUUCCUAAAAUAACUCUACAGAGGGAACAAUUACCAAGAAUUUUUAUGUAAUCUUAUAGACAAUGUCUAUGUGUCUGUGUCAUAUGUAUAUGUGCGUGAAUAUGUGUACAUUUAUAUGUUUAUUUACAUAUACAUAUCUUUGUCAAGACACAAAUGGGAACAUACUAUAAUUGUGUUCCGUACUUAUAGAAAGCUAAUCAUGUAACAUAUCUUGUAGAUCUUUUAUAUCAACACAAGCAGAGCUACCUCAUUCUUCUUAAUGGUUACGUAAAAUUCCAUUGUAUGUAUGGUUAAUUAAAUUAACCCUGGUGAUAGACAUUUAGAUGAAGUUUUGUUAAUUCUGCUAGUAUAAACAAUACUACAUAGAAUGUUUCUUGUGGUUAUCUCUCUCUGUAUUUGUUUGAGUAUAUUUGUAAGAUAAUUUCCUUGAGUGAAAUUGCCAGGUCAAAGGGUCUGUGCAUUUUUAUCAUUUUUAUUAUUGACUGAUACGUCAAAUUGCAUCAAUUUACGUUCUCUGCCCAACCCUAUUUGAAUGCACCUUUCCUGGUAUUUUAAUAUUUGUAAGAUUCCAACCUCCUGUUAGCUAAUAUAAGAUUAUAAUAAGAAUUUCACUAUUUAAUAAAACUGAUUUAUA